AUGGUCGAAGACGUAGUGGCAGAGAAGACUAAUACAGACAUGACUGUUCCAGUGUCUAAUGUGGAGACAUCUAAUAGCAAUGUAAAUACAACAGAGAAUAACCGAGUAGAAGUUAAUACUGAUGAUGACAACAAGAAAAAGAAGAAGAAGAAGAAGAAGAACACCAUAAAAAAUAUUGUUAAUUAUUAUCCAAAUGAAAUUUAUCCUGAAGGUGAAUGGAUGGUUUAUGAUCAAGAUUUCAAUUUAGCAAGGACCACGGACGAAGAAAAGCGUUAUUUGCAAAGAGAUAAGGAAAGAGAAUCUCAUUGGAAUGACGUCCGUAAAGGUGCAGAGAUCCACAGAAGGGUUAGGAGAAAUGUGCAAAAUAAAAUCAAACCUGGCAUGAAUUUAACUGAUAUUGCAGAUAUUAUUGAAAAUGCCACAAGAAAAUAUACAGGAGCACAAGAUUUGAAACAGAUGGCGGAUCCAAAGAGUCAAGGUAUUGGUUUUCCUACAGGUUUAUCGAUUAAUCACAUUGCUGCGCAUUUUACACCAAAUGCAGGAGAUAAAACUGUUUUAAAAUAUGAAGAUGUUAUGAAAGUAGAUUUUGGUGUUCAAGUAAAUGGUAAUAUUAUUGACUCUGCAUGGACCGUUGCCUUUGACCCACAGUACGACAAUUUAUUAGCCGCUGUGAAAGAUGCUACUUAUACGGGUAUAAAAGAAGCAGGUAUCGAUGUCAGAUUAACAGAUAUUGGGGAAGCUAUCCAAGAAGUUAUGGAGUCCUAUGAAGUAGAAAUCAAUGGGAAAACCUAUCAAGUCAAACCAUGUAGAAAUCUGUGUGGUCAUAGUAUUGGUCCAUGGACUAUUCAUGCUGGUAAAUCUGUUCCUAUUGUUAAAAAUGGUGAUAAUACAAAGAUGGAGGAAGGUGAACAUUUUGCUAUAGAAACCUUUGGCUCCACCGGUAGAGGUUACGUAGUUGGUGAUGGUGAAUGUUCCCAUUAUGCUAGAGUUGCCAACGUUGGUGGAACACCUAAUUUAAAUAGUGCUAAGAAAUUAUUAAAAGAUAUAGAUACUUAUUUUGGUACUUUACCAUUUUGUCGCCGUUAUUUAGAUAGAUUAGGCGAAGAGAAAUACUUGUUUGCAUUGCAGAAUCUUGUUAAUCAGGGAUAUGUUCAAGAUUACCCACCAUUAGUAGACGUUAAAGGUUCCUACACUGCUCAAUUCGAACAUACCAUCCUACUACAUCCACAUAAAAAGGAAAUUGUGUCUAAAGGUGAUGACUAUUAG